GCACUGGAAUUUUCAUUGAAGAUCCCGUUUGUGCAUGAACCGUCAGUUGGCUGAACAGUUUGCUGAACUAGAUCUUUCUAGCCAUUGGGAGUUUAUUCAAAAUUAUACAGAAGCGUUCAAGCCAGUGUACAUAUGUUCUCAAAAUCUGCAGGGCUCACAUGUGUCACUUUCAGAUUUUUACAUAACAUGGUUGAUUGCCAUAGGCAAAGUUCGUCGAUUUCAUAAAAAUCCGUUGGCUAUCAAACUCGCUGAAACUCUCCAGAGCAGGUUUUCCAAACUACGACUGUCUCAAGCUUUCAGAAUGGCUCUGUACAUGGAUCCAAGACUGAAUUUUGUCAAUUCAGCUAUUUUCAAUGUCGAAGAGAAGGAGCUCAUUCAGGGUUUCAUUACAGAAACAUGGAACCGUAUAUGUCGACUCAACAACGCUGACGCUAAUGCUGCCUCUUCAACUACUACGUCAUCAUCAUCUGAUGCCAUGGAUGAAAGCGAUAGCUACAUCACCGAGCUUUUCGGGGGGUUCAAUUACUACUGAACUCGACACUCAAUCAGCGAAUGAGCGAUUAAUCGGUUGAUAGCGAAAAUAGACACUUGGUUUUUUGUACACAUUUUAUAUUUACAGCAAAUUUACAAAAUCAAACAUUACCACUUUCUUUUUAGCUUCUUGCUUUCCAAUGUUUUAGCACGCGAAAUAAACCUCUUCCUUUGGCGGUUGAAAUAGAAGUCCUUUCUC